GGGAAUUCGAAGCCGAACACAAAUUGAUAGGAAGGACGUUGUUGAGUCAGAGGCAUACCAUUUUGCCGGUUGAGAAAUAUACGCCGAAAAUUUUUCAAUGCUUUCGACUACAGUGAUCAACACAAGAAGUCCAGUCUCAUUCUCAGAAGAGAUAAGAGGUAGAAGACAUUUUAAUCAAGCACAUAGAAGAACCUCUUUAUUCGGUUCAGAAAAUGAACCACAGUAUUUUGAGGAGCAUAUUAAGAAUCCCGUAAAUGGCAGUUAUAUUGUACAUAAUGGAAUGAAUAAUGGCCGUGAAACUCCGAAAAUUCACCAAAACCAUAAUGAAAAGGAAGUUGAUCGGCUUGUGGGAGAACGCAGUAGUCAAGAUGUCCGAAAAGCCCCCAUAGAAAACCACGCAGUAGACAAUAAAUAUUCAAUUUGUAAUGGCAACGGAAGCAGAGAAGAACCCGUGAAUGGUUCAAAAGUUGAAAAAAAUGGUGAAGCAGAUAAUUACAGGACGGAUGAAAGCUUAGAUUCAAAUUUCCACGAAAGACAUAACGAAAAUUUGAAGGAUACCAGUGGAGUAGAACACCUGAUUCAAGCGGCUAAAGAAAGAGCUAGAAAAAGAGAAUUGGAUAGAUAUAAAACUGAUGAAGACUCAUUUCUCCUUGAAACACCAGAAAAGCCGAAAAGUAGCAAAGAACAUAGAAGAGGAAUGAUCAAUGCACCAUGGCAUACAGAUCCAGAUGAAGGAAUUGGCUCAGAAAAGUACCAUAGGCGAAAUGGAAGAAUUGUAGACGAAACACCCAACGUACAACGUUUAAAGUCAAGAUCUCAAAGCAUCACUCAACAGGAUUUCCCAAGAUACUCUGCUCAAGAAUUAAAAGAGUGUAGACAAAAAGGAAGUUAUUACGGGAAUAAAGAGUCAAUGGAAUGGUCGCUUAAUCAACAAGAUGAUGCAAAUAAUGGAACAGGUGAAAAUGGAUCCAAUUAUCAUAGAUCGUCUGCAGUUAUUGGUCAAGGUUUUAUUGAAAGAUAUGGAUUAAAAACGCCAUCAUUAUAUAAGAAGAAAAAUAAUGAUGAGCCGGUAGCUGCAUCUGCUCUACGCAACAGUCCAUAUGCGUUUCAUGGUUAAUUAAAGUAAU